GCGUUCCCCGCCCCGGGGCGCUGGAACCCCAGCGGUUGGGUUUGCGGGUCUGGUCGCUGCCGUUUCAUGGCGUGGGUGGUGCCGGGCUCUGCAGGUGACGGGGGCGAAGCGAGGGCCAUUGCGGCCUAGAGUUCCAAAAGAUGAGUCGUGGAUAUUCAGAAAACAACAAUUUCCUAAACAAUAACAACCAAAUGGUAUUGGACAUGAUCCUUUACCCAUUAAUUGGAAUCCACCAGACCAUCAAUUGGGAAACUGUGGCAAGGCUUGUGCCUGGAUUAACACCCAAAGAGUGUGCAAAGAGGUUUGAUGAGCUGAAGAGCAGUGGAAGUUCACCUGUGGACAACCAGUAUAGUCCCCUCAUGGCUGCUGGAGAGAGUCCUGUUGAAACGUUAGCCACAUACAUCAAAUCCUCGCUUCUUGACACACAAGGAGAAUUUCAGGAGACUCCAGUUGGUCAGGAUACAGUUUCUAAAACAGGAAGACAUAGUAUAGCUUCCACAAGGAAUUGUUCUUCAGAAAGUGAAAAUUGUACUACUCAUAAUGGUGGAGAAAAGACUGAAGAAUCUGAAGGGCCAAACAUGGUGAUCCAUGUAUGUGAUGAAGCAAAAAACUUGAAAGAAGAUUUUAUUUGCCCACGAGAUCUUUUGAUAUCAGAAAUGAAGUACUUUGCUGAAUAUUUAUCUGUGGAUGCCCAGCGCUGGGAAGAGGUGGACAUUUCAGUUCAUUGUGACGUUCACAUUUUCAACUGGUUGAUAAAAUAUGUUAAAAGGAACACUAAGGAGAAUAAAGAUUGUGAGAUGCCCUCUUUAGAGCCAGGAAAUGUCAUUUCAAUUCUUAUUUCUUCAGAGUUUUUGAAAAUGGAUUCGCUGGUUGAACAGUGUAUACAGUAUUGCCACAAAAAUAUGAAUGCCAUUGUAGCUACUCCAUGCAACAUGAACUGUAUUAAUGCAAAUCUUCUUACACGUAUAGCUGAUCUGUUUACACACAAUGAAGUUGAUGAUUUAAAGGACAAGAAAGAUAAGUUUAGGAGUAAACUUUUUUGUAAGAAGAUUGAGAGACUGUUUGAUCCUGAGUACUUGAAUCCAGAUUCUCGGAAUAAUGCAGCAACAUUAUACAGAUGCUGUUUGUGUAAGAAACUUUUAACAAAAGAAACAGAAAGAAGAAUUCCUUGCAUUCCUGGAAAAAUCAAUGUGGAUCAGCAUGGAAAUAUUAUAUACAUUCAUAUAAGAGAUAAAACUUGGGAUGUUCAUGAGUAUUUGAAUAGUCUUUUUGAAGAAUUAAAAUCUUGGAGAGAUGUAUAUUGGCGCUUAUGGGGAACAGUCAACUGGCUAACUUGUUCAAGAUGUUAUCAGACUUUUCUGUGCAUAGAGUUUUCACACUGUCAGUAUCACUCAGAGACAGUGAUUUAUCCUGCUGCAGGAAGUUCACUGAGUACUGUUGGCACUGGAAUUUAUCCCUGCUGUAACCAAAAGGUUCUUCGAUUUGACCCCACUCAGCUUACGAAGGGUUGUAAAGUAAAGGACCAUAUGGUUACUCUUCGUGAUCAAGGUGAAGGUGAAGAUUUGCUGUCCUGUCCAACUGCCAAAAUACUAGAUGAUCUGCACAAACACAAAGAUGUCAUCCUUGUGCCUUUUGCUAAAGAUACAAUUAGUGAUUCUGGUGGUCCCUGUGAUGAAAAGGGUCUAGACUGUGAUGUUUUACUGGAGCCAAAUACACCAUGGGGCCCCAAGAGUGGGGAGCUUAAUGCUUUCUUAUCACUGAAAAACUGGACUCUGCAGCUGAAACAACAGUCAUUAUUUUCAGAAGAAGAAGAGUAUACCACUGGGUCCGAGGUCACUGAAGAUGAAGUUGGAGAUGAAGAAGAAGUAUCCAAGAAACAAAGGAAAAAGGAGAAGCCAAAGAAGUUCACUAAACAACCAAAGAAGCAGAUGUCUUCACCCUGUGGUCAGAAGAAAGAAAAGGCCCUGGAGAAGUCAACUUCUAGAGAUGUGUCUCCUUUCAUUGUGAGUAUGCAGAAGAAUAAGUGGGAUGCCACAAGAUCCUUGAGAUUCAACCAAGAUGCCCAAAGAGAAGAUGAUCAGCGGCGGAUGUCUGAAAUUACUGGGCACCUAAUAAAGAUGAGAUUGGGGGAUCUGGAUCGAGUCAGGUCAAAGGAAGCAAAAGAAUUUGCAGGAGGGAUUUAUUCCAGGCUUGAAGCACAAAUCAAGGCCUCAGUGCCAGUCAGUGCUCGGCAGAGCAGCUCGGAAAAAAACACAAGGUCUAAAAGUCGUUUUGGUCAAGGUCGGCCUGCGUAAAGCACCUUAAAAUAUAAGAAGACAGAAGACAUACCUCUGGACACUUGAAAUUGCUUACUUGAAGAUCUUCGGAAUGAUUACUUCUAAAUGUUUUAAGUUAUUUAUUAAAUAUUCUUGCAAGCCACGUAAAUCAUAGUGGUAAGGGAAAUACGUGGUUAAGUCUCAUGAAAUUAUAAAUAUGAAACUUCUUAAAUAUGAUUUUCCUUUGGUUUUGAGAGAAUUCAUUCUUAGGUAGGUUGAUAAGGAGUCUGGGGCCCUCAAGGAGAAAAGGACAUACAUUCUUUUUCUACAUUAGUCACAUAAUACAGUUUUUCUUUAAGCCCAGAGCUAAUGACCCAAGGGUAUGUUUUUCCUUAAGCUCUGUACUAAUGAUUAUGUAACAGCAAUGUAUCUUGCUCUAGGACAUGUUUAUGUUCUUAACAAGAACCUUCUGACUAAUCUUGUUAUGAUAAGAUGUUUGCUGUGGGAGUGGGCCUGAUAAAAGUAUAUAAGGCCUUGAUAAGACUAUGGAUGGGGGGCACUCUCUAUCCCCUUUCUGAUGUCUAUGUCAGAAGCUUUCUCUGUCCCUUUUUAUACUUUAAUAGAACUCUGCUACACAAAAGCUCUUGUUGAUCAAGCUUGGUCCCUAGUCCUGAAGCUGAAAUCAUCCUCAGAGAUCACGAAUCCAACAUCAUUCACCAUUAGCUAUCAGUGUGAUGCUAGCCUAUAUAAAAAAUUAGUAUUUAGAAAUUUACAUAUUUAAGACUCCCAGGUAUUUGUUAUACUUUAUUUAUUUGAAAGAGAAGAGGCCUAAACUCUCAAAUAGCUAAGAGUUUUUUAAGAUCUUAAAAAAUUAGGGGAACACAUCUAGUAGUGGUACUGUACAUGUGCACUGAUUAUAGUAUGUCUUUGGGCUGUAAAUUUUGUGAUAGCUUUGAGAACUGCCAUUUAUGUAAUGAAAUUUCCAGUGAUGCUAAUUUUAUGUUUGCAUGACUUUUAAGGAGUGACAGAUCUCAAAACUGAAUUAAGUAAAGUUUUAAGGUGAAGUAUUUCCUGUGUUGGCAGAAUGCUUAAUUUUUUUCAGUGUUAUUCCAGAGAAAUCACAAUGUUAAUCCAACUCUUUUUUUUAGUUUUUGAUAUGUAUUUAUUGGUUUGGAAUUACUGAUUAUUACUUCUUUCUUCUGUGAAGCUAGUUAAAACAGCUGGAUUUGUUAAAACAAAUUUGGAUUCUGAAUUUGUUAAAACAACUGUUGAUAGUUUUAGGAUAGUAAAUCAUUUCAGUUGUAUAAGAUACCCACUGUACAGUUCUCAGGGCACUAAAACUCAACCAUUAAUCUAUAGCCAGUCAAAUAGCCCCUUAAAAUGUUUAUAAUCAGUUAUUACUUUAGAAAUGUCUGGAAGGAAAGAUUCCCAGAUACACUUGAUGGAUGAAAAAUUGAAUUAUUCAGGAGAAAUCAGUUUUUCUAACCACGCAGAAAGAGUGCUCAGGGAAAUUUUGUUCCAAACCGUAAUCAUAUAACAAUUAUGUGUUUGGAAAUUACUUAUAUAUAGGUCUCUAAAACACUUCAAUUUGCAUUGUUUUUAUUUUUAAUCUUCAUUUAUCUUAUAAUUGAAAUCUUCUUCAAAUUAUUUAGAAAACAGACUUGAUAAUGGAUAACAGAACAGCAAUUUCUAUUGAAAUGUUGAAGUGUUAUGUGUUUUUUAGUUGGUAAAUAAAGCUAGAUUUUAUUUGAUGUUACAUGCAUAGCUUUGCCAAGAUUUUUGAACUUCUGUUUGGAAGUUUUGUUGCAGUCAACAUUCAAUUGUUUGACAUUUUUGAAAUAGUUUAUAAAAUUUUUAUUUGCAAAAGAAAAUGUUUUAUACUACAUGACCUAUAAGACCUAUUAAAUACCAGUCUUGUUUACUGUAUUCUCUGAUCAAAAGGAUUUAGGUUUGUAUGUGUUAUAUAGUGCUGUGACGGUCACAACUGAAAUAUCUCAUUUGAUUUUUAAUUGAUGUUAACAAGGCAGAUUGCUUCUCCCCCAGGGGGACUGUACCACUGAAUUGAUUUUUACAAACAGAAUUUAUCAAAAUUUUAUUUUCUUCAGGAUGUGCUUUAAAUUUUGUGAAUGUCUGUAGUUCAUAACACAGGUAACAGAAACGUUUUAAUCAUACUCAUAAUAGCAUUUGUUUUGCCAAAUACUUUGAGGUUUUAUCUUACAUUAAUUCUGAAUUCACAUUUAUUUAAUUGAAAUAAACAUUAAUGACAAAAGUUAA